AUGGUUCGAAAAAUCUAUAUAGCAAGACAUGGUUUCAGGCUAAACUGGGUGAACACCAACUGGAAGAGUCCUACUGGCCUGGCCCGCGACCCCCCUCUAGCUGCUUAUGGAGAGAAGCAAGCACAAGAAUUGGCUGAUCACUUUCUAUCGUUACCCGAAGAGGAGAGGCCCACUGUGAUAUUCUCCUCUCCGUAUUAUCGUUGCCUGCAGACUUCCAAACCGGUGUCCAAGGCCCUAGGCAUACCUAUAUACGUGGAACAUGGUCUUUCUGAGUGGUAUUCCCCUGUCGCUCCCGGGACAGGGCUUCAUCCACGGCCUGGCUCUGCUGCCGACCUCCAGUCGUACUUUCCCGAGAUAGAUCCAUCGUGGUCUUCGAUAUGGCACACAUCCCAGAAAGGGGAGGAUGUAGAAGAAGUCCAUGAGCGAACGAAUGGAUUUCUCGAGGUCUUCGUACCUGAGGUAGAAAGGCGAUUCGGCCCUGACUCGAGGGUAUUACUAGUCACCCACGCCGCUACUACUAUCACGCUCGUGAGAGGGCUGAUUGGGGACCGCGAUCACCCUCUGAAAGUGGGAUGUUGUUCGUUGAGUAUCUUCGACCGCAAGGAGCGAAGUAGGAUAUUGGGUGGAUGGGAGGCCAAACUACUGGCCGACGGUCAACAUCUUGCGGGCGGGUCGGACAGGGAAUGGGGAUUCGACUAUAUUGAAGUCGCCUACGGGAAGGUGGUGGAAGACAGCGGGGUACCAGGGACGGAAUCAGACCUCGAAGGUCCUGUUGGAGCGCAAAUAUCGCCGGCCCCAGCCCAGAUUGCAAGUAAUCUGUAG